GUUGGUCUCAAGUAAGGACUACACAUAUCAAAAUACUACACUAAUCAUUCCUUUAUGGAAAGACCGCUUUUUUAUGAUGAAGAAAGCUACUUAAUUUUAUUUUACGAAAAAAAAAAUGAAAGUUACGGAACCAGCACUUAUAAAUAUACUUUGUAGCUUAGUGACAGGUAGGUGUUUACAAAAAUAAUUAAAAUAUACAAGUAGAGGAAAUAAUUUUAAAAGUUGGGUUUAAAAAAAAAGAUUGUAUUUAUUCCCAUUUCUUAGAAUAAAAAAUCAUUUAUUAAUUGUAAAUAAUAUUAAUAAUAUUUGUACCCUUGCAGAGGUUUUAUUACUUUGUAACACAGCAGAAGAAGGGAAACCACUCGUACUUACCUCUAACUUUACACUGAAAGAAAAGACCAUUUUAUUCUUUCAAAAUAACAUAAAAAUGGCAAAUUGCAGAGGUUGCAACAAAUGCCUUGUCACCUUUCCCAAUCAUUCAUUUUCAAAUAUUACAAGUCUAAGUAAUGGAAGAUGCAUUUACACAUUUACUUAUCUCCACGUUACAAGACAACCUGCUUCCGUGUGGAUCGUUAAAGAUAAUGAAUUAAAUGGAACUGUAAUAAAUACUUGUAACUUACAAGUCUACGGUAAUGAUAUUAUUUUUUUAAUUGAACAUUUGUAUUGUAGUUUUAAUAUCUUAUUAUCACUUAUUUAAUCCAAUGGAUCAAUUUAUAGAUUUCUUCAGCUGCUAUAGCUAAAGAGAAAACAACAUUUUAAUCAAUUAUCUCCAAUACCACUUACUUAUUUACUGCACCUGUUUCAAAGCAUUUUUCGAAGAAACCGCUCAUUUUAUAACAAUUGGUUACAUUUAACAAUGGAAGCUAUGUUUCCGGAGCAUCCGAUAUUUCUUUAGAUUUUAGAUGUUCCAUUUGAUAUGUAAAUGUUGAAAUAUUCUUGUAACGAGGCCGUUAAUGGAUAUGAUUUUUAACGUAAAAAGUGGCCUACCUCAAAAAUAAGCACAGACAUGUUUUUAAAAGAAGCCUAUUAAAUGUGCGAUAAGUCUAAUUAGUACAAUUUUUACCAAAGUCACGUCUCUCAUUUAAUACAUAUCGACAGGUAGUUUUUGUGAGCUUUAAUAUCCACACAUUUUUCCCAAAAAUGUUCUUCUAAUUUCCGUAUGUUAUGUUCUUUUUAAAGAUAUGAUAUAUGAUGUUUGUUUCUCUCUGCCUGAUUUGACAAUGAUUUGUUCAACAUCAAAGGUGGAUUCCAUUGGCAAAUAUUAAUAUUCUCUUAUAUUAAAUGGGCUUGAGAAAAUAUGUGACGGUUUUGAAUAAUGUAUCCCAAAGUAAUUACCAUAAGCGAUUUAAUGAAAUUAAUUUUUGUUUAAAAGGUAAUUUUAAUUUCCGUUUUUUUAGCUCCACCUAAAGAUGUGAUAUGUGAUGUUGGGUUCUCUCU